AUGUUACGCAAGCAUAUAGGCUCAAGGCCAACGUGGACCAAAUCCCGGGCCAGAAGCAGCCCAGCUAUAAAGGUUCGAUGUCAGGCUUCCUCGACAGCAUCAAAGCCAGCCCCUCCUAGGCUGCAGCUUACAGGCGACGCUCGGAGCCAUGAGACCGACAUUGUUGUGAUUGGCAGCGGCAUCGGAGGUCUCUGCUGCGCUGGGAUGCUCGCAAAGUACGGUUACAAAGUGACGGUAUGUGAGUCCCACAGCAUCCCCGGAGGCGCAGCCCACGCCUGGGUUCGCGACGGAUUCCAUUUCGAGUCCGGUCCCUCCCUGUACUCUGGCAUGGCCGGUCGCGGCAAGGAGGCCAACCCGCUGGGGCACGUGCUGACGGCCCUGGGGGUGGAUCUGGAUCUCAUUCGCUACAACACUUGGAACGUGGUGGUGCCGGAGGGGACAUUUCUGACGCGGAUCGGCAAUGACAACUUUUACGAGGUUUUGAAGCAGAUCCGUGGGCCCGAGGCGGUUGCCGAGUGGUCCCGACUACAGGAGGCGAUGCGGCCUCUUGCCAAGGCGGCUGCGCUCAUGCCACCGGCUGCGUUUAGGUACGACCCUGGAGUGCUGGUGACCGCCAUAGCCCGCUACCUGCCCGCACUGCUGCAGUCCGGAGGUAGGACCCCUAAAUUCCCCCCACCCCAGCAGCAUCUCCUUCAGGUUCGCCGUCACCAACCCAAACCCGUUUUCCACUCCUCCAGGUUCCCCCGCCUCUCCCCGCCUCUCCCCGCCGACCUCUGCCCCCCCUCCCCACCAUUUCCCCCCGCCCCGCAGGCCUACAUGUUCAAUGAGUGGUACCGGCCCGACUGCUUUCUGGAGUUCCCUAGGGGCGGAUCCCAGGCCCUAGUCCAAGGCCUAGUGACGGGAUUGGAGCGCCACGGAGGCCGGCUGAUGCUGAGCAGCCACGUAGAGAGAGUCAACUUGGACAGCAAGGGAGCCGCUAGCAGUGUAUCGCUUCGGGGUGGGGGCACCAUCAAGGCUAGGAAGGCGGUCAUAUCCAACGCCAGCGCGUGGGACACCCUCAAGCUGCUGCCUCCAGACCGACUGCCAGACCAGUGGCGCAGGAGCCGCCAGAGCACCCCCGCUUGCCCCUCCUUCAUGCACCUGCACGUCGGCUUCGACGGCAAAGAUUUGGAUCCCGCCCUGGAGCUGCACCACAUUGUGGUGAACACAUGGGAGGGCGGAGUGACGGCGCCCCAGAAUGUCGUACUGGUGUCCAUUCCUUCCGUGAUGGAUCCCGCCAUGGCCCCCCCCGGUAAGCACUGCCUACACGCCUACCUGCCGGCUACCGAGCCGUACGAGCUGUGGAAGGGCCUGGACCGCAGGAGCCCUGAGUACGCGGCGCUCAAGGAGGAGCGCAGCCAGGUCCUCUGGGCAGGUGUGGAGAAGGUGAUCCCCGACAUCCGCAAGCGUGCCGAGUUGGUGAUGGUGGGCACACCGCUGACUCACGAGCGCUUCCUUCGCCGCCACCGGGGGACAUAUGGCCCCGCCAUAGAGGCGGGCAAGGGCUUCUUCCCAGGUCCCACUACACCCAUCCCCGGCCUCUACUGCUGCGGCGACUCCACCUUCCCAGGGAUCGGCCUGCCUGCUGUUGCCGCCAGCGGGGCCAUCUGCGCCAACACUCUGGUGCCCGUGUGGGACCACUGGAAGCUUCUGGACGAGAUUGGCGUGUGAUGAGCGUGUGAUAAAGUGUGUGAUGCGUGACGGGAAGCUAGGAGGCAACUCAGGUUUCGUAGGAAGCAGCUUGUCCGGUGGUAAGCGUGAUGGGCUUAGGGUUGUAGGAGGAUGGGAAGAGCGACGCCAAAUAUUGGCGAGUUGUUGAAGCGACGGGUUUGGACGAGGAGAGGACGAGGAGAGGAGAAUGUUGAGAAGGUGGAGUGUGUGUGUAUGUGUAUGUGUAUGUAUGUGUGUGUAUGUGUGUGUAUGUGUGUGUAUGUGUGUGCGUGUAUUUGGCUUUCGGGACGGAAAGCGACGUAGAGGGCUGCACUGUUCGGUAAAUGAGCGUUCGGGAAGAUAUGGCGUAUUGGUUAUGCUGGGUAUGUACAUGGCAUUAACAAUAUGGUGGAUGGAAGUUCUGCGAAUGAAAAACUAAUAUUCGGGUCAGUUC